AGCCCUGCAGAGCCAGAUUCGGGUCUGACAGCGCCGCGCCCCCCCUCGGCACGCGGCCGGCGGGCAGUCGCUGAGCACAGCCCGGCUCCGCCGCCCGGCCCGGCCUCCGCGGCUCCCCUCGCGCCCCGCGCGGCGCCCCGCAUGCUCCAGGCACCAUGGGCGAGACCGCGCCGCCACCAUGACCGCGGAGCCGCCGGCGCAGCUCCCCGCAACCUCCCCCGCGGACCAUGUUCCAUGCCUUUUUUAGAUCUAUCUUCCGGGUUCUGCCGCUGUUCCUUGUUCUGUCAUCAGUGAAUUCAUCUAAUUGUACAAUGGGAAAUAAAACAACUGAAAUCCGUGUGAAGUAUGAAAAUAUAUUAAGCCACGACAUCAAUGAGCUGGUAAAUAUGUCUGCAGUGUAUCGUGAUAGGUGUUGCAGGAAUAAAAAGCAUGAAAAUGCCAGAGUAUUCUUCUGCAAUGAUACUCAGGAAAUAGAGUCACUACAGAGUAUGGCGUGCAACAUGCUCAAGUUCUUUAAUAAGCAAAAAAUCAGCAAAGACUUUAGAUGGAAAGCCACAUUAGUCUCAUGUAGGACGUUACAGGUUCUACAGUGCAAAUGUGAAAGAAAUAAAAAAGAAAAGGUUUGCACACAGGUAAACACACAUAAUAAAGAAGAUACAGGAACAGGUGAACACUCGAAAAAGAAAUGCAACCAAGAAUUUUGUGAACUGAAAGAAAAUAUAUCUAGCCUUCGAUCCUGCUGGAAUAAAUUUGAAAAAAUAAUUUCCAGGUGAAUCCUGCUCUUUUCUUUUGAAGUGACAUUACUUGCAAAAUGCAAUUUUUGCAUUUUAUAUGCAUUCCUUAAGUAACUCUGUUUGCUUACGUAAGCAAUUGAUGCCAGAAUUCUGAUGGAAAGCUACUGUACCUUGUUCCUGGAGGCAGAAUAAAUAUAAAUGGCUAGAAGAAGCUGCUGAAGUCCAAGAAGUGGAAGUAAAAAACACUGAGUGAAAUGACUGUAUAGAAGGCCGGGUUUCACUUCAUGCUCUGGAAACUAUUUCAAAUUUUCUUAUCUUUUGAGUAACUUUAUAGUACCUUAAUAUGAAAACAUACUUAGGUGUCUACUGCAAUUAAAAAAUAUAUAUAUCUUAGAAACUGCAGACCAGGAAAACAGUAUGAAAAAGGUAGCUGGUUUCUUUAUAUCUAUAUAGAACAUAUCAAGGACCAAAAGGAACGAUUUACGAAAUAAGCAGCAGAAGAAUAAGCAUCUGUUCUGCUGAUGGAAUAAUGUUUUAAGCAUAGCUAGGGUUGCAUUUAAUGGGUCUGCAAACUGAUUUAGGUUUGAAAAAACAGGGAAAAAAGUUACUUUUAAAAAAACUUAGGAAGGAGUACUGGCUUUUGAAAGAUGUAGCACUCUUCUACUAGCUGAAGUAGAAGCAAGACAGUGAGGCUUAUGGAAGAAGGGAAAGAGGAUGCCUGAAUGUAAGUUUGUUCAGCUGACUAGAAAGAGCACUAGCUUUGUGCAUUUAGGUAUCCUCUAGCUGAAGGAGUAGCUAGAAUUGCUUCCUUCAGAUUGUGAUUUCUUGUACACAGUUAUUUUAUAUAACGUUUGAUAUGUUAGACAUGACAGAGUUUGUGAAUAUUUUCAGAGAAUAAUAU